AUGGUCGUCUACUACCAGAUCGCCGGCAAGAAGGUCGGCUCCCACGUCCUCUCCAUGGCUGUCCUCGGCUCCAUGUUCGCCGGCUCCUACCUCGCCUUGAGCGGUGGCUCCAAGACCAAGACUGCCGCUGGUCCCCCGAUCAAUGCUUCUUCCAAGGAAGAGGGUGAUUUCAUCCAAAAUUUCCUGAAGGAGGUCGACGGCGACAAGAAGUCGGAGAAGCACUAA